AUGAACGAGUGCGCGAUUGUUCUUCCCAAAGAGGAGGAUAAAUGGCUUUCGUUUCGCAACUACGAUCGAAAGGAGCGACUCCCGUACGUGGUAUACGCGGAUUUGGAAUGUCUUUUGGAAAAGAAGGACGAGGGGGAAGGUUUUAUGACAACGGAAAAUGGAUUCGGUUAUCAACGUCACAGAGCGUUUAGCGUCGGUUAUUAUGUCAGGUGCGCGUUAGGCGAUGAAUCGUCAUCGAUUUAUAUAUCGCAUCGCGGUCAGGACUGCGUUUCGUGGUUCGCGAAAGAAUUGAAUUCUCUAGCGCAUCGCGCGAAAGAUACCCUUGGCGCGGUCGCCCCUAUGAUGGAGCUGACGAGAGAGGAGACGCGUGAUUUUUCGGACUCGACGUUUUGUCACAUAUGUGGCAAAAUAUUCCUGACGACGGAUGUACGUGUGCGCGAUCAUUGUCAUAUCACCGGACGUUAUAGAGGUGCGGCGCAUUCGUAUUGUAAUUUAAAUUACCACAAUUCCUUUGUGAUUCCGGUGUUCUUUCACAAUUUAUCUGGAUACGACGCGCAUUUUAUAAUUAAAGAAAUCGCAAAUGAAUACGAGGGUAGAGUUGAUCUGUUACCGUUAAACAAAGAGACGUAUAUUUCUUUCACGAAGAAUGUAAGUUCUACGAGAGAGAAGAAAUGGCAUAACUGCGUAAAAUUACGAUUCGUGGAUUCGUAUAAAUUUUUAAAUGAAAAUCUCGGCAAAUUGGUGUCGUACCUAGAUCGCGACGACUUGCGGAUAACGCGAUCGAUGUUUUCCGAUUUGGAUGACGAGGAUUUUGAAUUGCUCACGCGCAAAGGCGUGUUUCCGUACGAAUACCUCGACAGCGUCGAUAGGUUGAACGACACGGAGUUACCGUCGCGGGAGGCUUUUUACAGCUCGUUAACCGGAGAGGAGGUGUCCGAAGACGAUCACAAGCACGCCGUAAUGGUUUGGGAACGGUUUAAUAUUCGAAAUCUAGGCGAAUACAGCGAUCUGUAUUUGAAAACGGACGUGCUACUACUGGCGGAUGUCUUUGAAAAGUUUCGCGAAAACAGCAUAGAGAGUUACGGUUUGGAUCCGGCUCAUUAUUACACGUUACCCGGUUAUACGUGGGACGCGAUGUUGAAAUACACGGGUGUUCGUUUCGAACUUCUGACCGAUAUCGACAUGGUGUUGUUCGUGGAGCGUGGCGUGCGCGGCGGUCUUAGUCAGUGUUCGAAUAGAUAUGCGCGUGCUAAUAACAGAUAUCUACCGUGUUACGAUUCGUCGCAACCGUCGUCGUUUCUCAUGUAUUACGACGUAAAUAAUUUGUACGGUUGGGCGAUGUGCCAACCGUUACCAUACUCGUGUUUCCAGUGGCUCGACGAUAUCGCCAAUUUCGACGUAAUGUCGGUUUCCGCGGAUUCUUAUUUCGGUUACAUUCUCGAGGUAGAUCUCGCGUAUCCGCACGAGCUGCACGACGCUCACGCGGAUCUUCCAUUUUGUCCCUUGCGCGCCACGCCUCCCGAUAGGCGGAACGUCAAGCUUCUGGCCACGCUUCACGAUAAGUCGCAUUAUGUCAUACAUUAUCGCAACCUACAACAAUGUCUGCGACACGGAUUGCGCUUAACGAGAAUUCAUCGCGUGUUACGAUUCGCGCAAUUUCCAUGGCUGCGCGGUUAUAUAGAAUUGAAUACGAGAUUUAGGAUUGGGGCGACAAACGAGUUCGAGAGAAAUAUGUAUAAGCUGAUGAAUAACGCGGUUUUCGGAAAGACAAUGGAAAAUGUGCGCGAUCGCGUGGACGUGCGUCUCGUGACGAGCUGGGAUGGUAGACACGGAGCGGAGGCGCUAAUCGCCAAACCGAACUUUCACAGUAGAAGCAUCUUCGCUGAGGAUCUGAUGGCUAUUGAAUUGCGUCGCUUAGAAGUGACCAUGAACAAACCGUUGUACGUUGGCAUGGCUAUUUUAGAAAUAGCCAAAACGCGCUUAUACGAAUUUCAUUACGAUUAUAUGUUGCCCUUGUAUCGAGACAAGUGUAAAAUCAUGUAUACGGACACGGACAGCUUGAUAUAUUUCAUCGAAUGUUACGAUGCGUACGAGGAUAUGAAACGUUUUAUCGAUCGAUUCGACACGAGCAACUUUCCGGAAAAUAAUCCGUACGCCAUGCCGUUGGUGAAUAAGAGUGUACCGGGUUUGAUGAAGGACGAGAACUGCGGCGCUAUUAUGACGGAAUUUGUGGGUUUGAGGGCGAAGAUGUACGCCACGAGAGUUUUGGGGGGGAGGAACACGAAGAAAAUUAAGGGUGUGAAGAAAAAUGUGGUGGAGAGAACGAUUACGUUCGACGAUUUCACGCGAUGCCUAUGA